AUGUGGAAAAGUAUCAAUUAAAUACCUGGUUAUUUUGACCCUUUAGAAAUGGUAUGGAGUGGCUACAUGUACUACAAUGAGAAAGAUGAUAAUUAAAAAGGUAUGAAAUAUUUAUACUUUGAAUUGUAUCCUGGUCUUCUUCUCUGGCCAAAUUAAGACUCAGAUUUUUAGUCUGUAAACUAGAUAUUCUACCAUAAUAAUGUCUUUUCAAGAGAAAAUUUAGGAACAGGAUCGUUUUAAAACAUGAUUACAGGAUCACAGAGAUACAUUCAAGAAAUUUAAUAGCCAAGUAUUUAAUAACUUAGGUUCCUUCGCUUUAUUGAUCUAAAAGAUCUCUACCUUAAAAAGAUAAAUAAAAAAAAUAUUAAGGACAGACCAUAUGAAUUUGGUUUUACAUUAAGCGAUUAGGGAAAUUUAAGAAUAGAAUUUUUCCCUCCAAAUGCUCAAUCCCUCAAAAAAUGGGUCAAAUAACUAAAAAAAUUUUGUAAGUUAAGUGGAUUUUUUAAGAAAUAUAUUUGUAUAUCUAGCAUAGCUUAGCAAAGAAAUUACCCAUCCGAUGAAAUGUAUAAAUGCGUUCUUAUAAAAAAGAAAAAGAAUAACAAUAGUUCUAGUCCAAACAUGGGCAAUUUAAGUAUUUCAAAGAAUCCAAACAGGAAUAAUCUAUCAUAAUAUAACAAGAAUAAUCAGUAAGGAUCUAAUUAAUUUUAUCAAGUAAGAUAGGCUAAAAUGAAAGAUACAUCUCGUUAAAAUAAAGUUCUCAACGAAAUAGAAAUACUAUAGCGCAUAAAAGGCCCUUCGAUUUAAAAUAUAAUUGAAGUUUUUCAUGAGAAAGACAAUAAAUCUCUUUACAUAGUGAGUGAAUACUCAGAGGGUCGUACUCUUAAAGAAGAGCUAGCUGAUGAACAACCAUUUGAAGAAAUUUUGAUCCUUCAUAUUAUUUAAAAGAUUUUGUCAGCAGUCGCAUAUCUACAUGAUAAACGCAUUCUUCAUGGAUGA